AUGAACCCCCACUGGUACAUCUUCCUGGUGCUGGGUAGCUUCUUGUUCCUCUUUCUGCUCUACACCGGCGCCUUCGUCAUGGGCAUGUUCCACUACAACGAGGACAUUCCGCCCACCAAGAGAACAGACGCUUCCAACUACGCCGGCACCGCCAUGCUGUUCGCCAUCGUCCUCUCGUUCCCGGUGUGCGCGGCCCUCAUGCUGGUCACCAACACCAUCAUGCUCGUGUCGCUCAGCAUCACCAACUUCGCCUGCCGGCCGUACGAGAACAUCGUCAUCUCCUGGCCGGGCAAGAUCGUCGACGUCAUGGUGCUCGACGACACUUUCGACAUGUUCUGGCCAAGGGAUACCAGAGGCCGCUGGUUCGGCAGCUUUCUGGCAGGGACCACUUUACAGAAAUGCAGGACAGGCACAGUUUUCGACGUCAUAGGGGGUGACUACAAGCUGGCCGUUGACGGGUACAGCGAAUACAUGGAUAAUCUGCACCACCUGAUGCUGUCGAUAACCGUCGAUCCCCGCCUCAUAUUCCCGGCCACCGGCCCUCCUGAAAUCGGAACAUUCUACGACGACAUGAAGAAAAAACUCUGGGAUAAGGUCGGCGACAACUUCCUCCUAUAA